AUGCCCGAGGCCACGGGCGAGGGGACGCACCAGCGCGCGCCGGCGAGGCGCGGUGGGGGCGAGCCGUGGCAACGGUGGGCGGAGUCGGCGCGGCCCGGCGGGCAUCGCCGGCCGGAGCAAGCGCGGUGGGGCGGAGGGGAGCCGGGUGGCGACCAGGGGAGGUGCCGUGACAGAGGCCCGAGGCGAGCAGCGGGGAAGCCCGAGCGAGCGGGGGGGGGGGGGGCGAGCGCGCGGUGCGAGCGCGUGCGCGAGGCGGGCGGCGGCGCAGGCAGCAGGGGGUGGACGCCGUCAGGGGCGGCGGUGCGCGCCUCGAGCGGGCAUGGAGGCUCCGGGCUCGAGCUGGGUGAUGGGCGCGGCGGUAGUAGCCAGAGGGAGCCAAGGCAAGGCGGCACGGGAGGCGAGCGGCGGAGUGCGGGCUGGGGACCCCCAGGGCACGCACGGGGUGGCCGGUGCGUGGGCACGGAUGCGGCUGAAAGUGGCGACGGCGCGGGGCACGACGCGCGCGGAACCCUGGUGAGCCCGAGGCGCGGACGCGGGAGGGCUACGGUGGCGCGGUGA